UGUGUCUCGGCGUCUCGCAUUCAACUCUGCAUCCUCCACAAACAUCUCCAUCUCCCUCCGCUUUUGUUGGCGUUGGUCCUUUUACUUCUUCUAAUACGUGGACGCAGUUCUUCUUCAACCUCUAAUACCUUGAAUUCUGUCCUCUGAUUGAUGCCGACCCGGCCGCAGCUGCGCAACCAUGGCUCAACGGCUACCCAUAAAGUUUACUGAGCUCCUGUCGCUACCUAGUCUUGAUGUCCCUCAAAGUGCCAUAGGUUUCAAUUCUUGCACAUUAGAAUCGGAUCACUUCAUUUGUGUGCGACAACAGGCCGAUGCGAGUGCCUCUCCCGAAGUCGUCAUUAUCGAACUGAAAAAUGGCAACAAUAUCGUCCGAAGGCCCAUCAAGGCUGACAGUGCCAUCAUGCACUGGAAUCGCAAGAUCAUCGCCCUGAAAGCCCAGCAGCGGACGCUUCAAAUAUUCGAUCUGGACGCGAAGCAAAAGCUGAAAUCUGCUACCAUGACUGAAGACGUGGUCUUUUGGAAAUGGUUCAGCCCCAGUAGCUUAGGCUUGGUUACGGAUACUAGUGUAUACCAUUGGGAUAUUUUUGAUGCCAACCAAGCUGCGCCACAGAAAGUCUUCGAGCGCAAUCAAAACCUCAGCGGUUGUCAAAUUAUCAACUACCGUGUCAGCGAUGACGGCGAAUGGAUGGUGGUCGUUGGUAUUUCGCAACAGCAGGGACGAGUGGUGGGUGCUAUGCAGCUAUACUCAAGAGCGCGAGGAAUCAGCCAGGCUAUCGAGGGUCACGCUGCGGCAUUCGGUACUCUCCGUCUGGAGGGCGCUCCCGCAGACACAAAACUUUUCACCUUCGGCGUGCGAACGGCCACCGGCGCCAAGUUACACAUUGUUGAGGUCGACCACAAUGCCUCAAACCCCCAAUUCACCAAACGCAAUGUGGAUGUCUAUUUCCCUCCUGAGGCUACAAAUGACUUCCCAGUCGCAAUGCAGGUUUCGCAAAAAUACAGCAUCAUCUACUUAGUGACAAAGUAUGGAUUUAUCCACCUGUACGACCUGGAGACCGGUACAUGCAUCUUCAUGAACCGCAUUUCGAGCGACACGAUCUUCGUCACAUCUCCCGACGAGGAGUCAACAGGAAUUGUGGGUGUGAACCGCAAGGGUCAAGUCCUCCAGGUUAGCGUGGACGAGGCCAAUAUAAUCCCAUACCUGCGACAGAACCCUGCGAAUUCCGAAUUAGCGUACAAACUUGCUUCAAGAGGAGGACUUCCAGGCGCAGACAACCUAUAUGAAGAGCGUUUCCAAAACCUGUUGAACCAGCAACAGUUCGGCGAGGCAGCGAAGGUAGCCGCCAAUUCCCCGAGGGGAUUUCUUCGCACUGCUCAGACUAUCGAACGGUUCAAGUCUAUUCCUGCGCAAGGCGGCCAGCUCUCUGUCAUCCUGCAAUACUUUGGUAUGCUAUUAGACAAAGGUUCUUUGAAUAAAUAUGAGACACUGGAAUUGGCAAAGCCUGUCCUUGCACAAAAUCGUAAGCAUUUGAUCGAGAAAUGGCUCAAAGAAAACAAGCUGGACUGCUCAGAGGAGCUGGGUGAUAUUGUGCGACUUCACGACCUCAGUAUUGCUCUGCAAAUCUAUCAGAAGGCUGGUGUACAAAACAAGGUUGUGGCUGCUAUGACGGAACUUGGACAAUUCGAUCAAAUUCUGGCGUAUUGUGGCGAAACAGGAUAUCAAGCCGAUUUCACAGUCCUGCUGCAAAAUAUCGUCCGCCUCAACCCUGACAAGGCUGUGGAGUUUGCGACUGGCCUAGCAAAGAACCCCAAUGGCCCACUAGUCGAUCUCGACCGUGUGGUAGACAUUUUCCAAUCCCAGGGCAUGAUUCAGGGCGCUACAGGUUUCUUGCUCGAUGUCCUCUCGAACAAUCAGCCUGAGCAAGCAAAUCUCCAGACUAAAUUGCUGGAGAUGAAUCUGUUGAACGCACCGCAAGUCGCCGAUGCCAUCUUGGGCAAUGAGAUGUUUAGCUACUAUGAUAAGCCAAGAAUCGCACAAUUGUGUGAGAAUGCGGGACUACUCACUCGUGCUUUGGAGCAUACUGAGGACCCGGCCGUCAUUAAGCGCAUCAUCGUUCGAACCGAUCAGAUUCCCGAGGAGUGGCUUAUCAACUACUUCAGCAAACUUACUCCAGAGCUUUCUUUGGAGUGUAUGGAUGAGAUGUUGAAAGUCAACAUCCGCCAAACCUUGCAGGCUGUAGUUCGAAUCGCCCAAAAGUAUUCCGAUAUUCUGGGACCCCAGAACAUCAUCAACAUGCUCGAGAAGUAUAAGACUGCCGAGGGCUUGUACUUCUACCUUGGUGCCAUUGUGAAUCUUAGCGAGGACGAAGAUGUGACGUUCAAGUACAUUGAGGCUGCUACGAGGAUUGGUCAGCUCAACGAAGUGGAGCGCAUCUGUCGCGAGAGUCAAUACAUCAAUGGUGAAAAAGUGAAGAACUUCCUCAAAGAAGCCGAGCUCACCGAGCAGUUGCCACUGAUCAUCGUUUGCGACCGAUUCAACUUCAUCCACGAUCUCGUUUUGCACUUGUACAAGAAGCAACAAUUCAAGUCGAUCGAGGUAUACGUUCAACGUGUCAAUCCCUCUAGGACACCAGCUGUUAUCGGUGGUCUCUUGGAUGUGGAUUGUGAUGAGAGCAUCAUUAAAAAUCUGCUGACCUCGGUGAACGCUGCGUCUGUUCCCAUAGACGAGCUUGUUGCAGAAGUAGAGUCGCGCAAUCGGUUGAAGCUCCUUCUACCGUUCCUAGAAGCAACUUUGGCUAGUGGCAACACUCAACAGGCUGUGUACAAUGCGUUGGCUAAGAUCUACAUUGACUCGAACAACAACCCCGAAGCUUUCUUGAAGUCUAACGAUCUAUAUGAUACCCUUGUUGUCGGUAAAUAUUGUGAGAAACGCGAUCCCAAUCUUGCCUUCAUUGCGUACCAAAAGGGACAGAAUGACUUGGAGCUCAUCAAUGUCACGAACGAAAACGGCAUGUUCAGGGCACAAGCACGUUAUCUUCUCGAGCGAUCUGACAUUGAUAUCUGGAAUUUUGUUCUCAGUGGCAACAAUAUGCACCGGAGAUCUUUGGUCGACCAGGUCAUCUCAACAGCUGUCCCAGAAAGCCAGGAUCCUGACCGUGUGAGCUUAGCCGUCAAGGCUUUCAUCCAGGGAGACAUGCCCACGGAGCUCAUUGAGCUACUUGAAAAGAUUAUUCUCGAGCCAUCAACGUUCAGCGACAACACCAACCUUCAGAAUCUUCUCAUGCUCACCGCAGCCAAAUCAGACCGUGGUCGUCUCAUGGGCUACAUUCAUCAGCUCGAAAAUUAUACCCCUGAGGACAUCGCCAACACCUGUAUCGACCUUGGCAUGUAUGAGGAAGCCUUUGAAAUCCACAAGAAGGACAACAACCAUGCCGAGGCCGCCAACGUUCUAGUUGACCACGUCGUUAGCAUUGAUCGAGCACAAGAAUAUGCUGACAAAGUGGACCUACCGGAGGUAUGGAGCAAGGUUGGCAAAGCCCAGCUCGAUGGUCUGCGCAUACCAGAUUCGAUUGAGUCGUACAUCCGGGCCAAGGACCCUUCCAACUACAGCGAAGUCAUUGAAAUUGCAACACAUGCUGGCAAGGAUGAAGACCUGAUAAAAUACCUGAAGAUGGCUCGUAAGACUCUUCGCGAACCUCCUGUCGAUACUGCGCUUGCUUUUUGUUUCGCACGAACGAAUCAAUUGCCCGAGCUUGAAGAUUUCUUGCGAGGAGCCAACGUUGCGAACAUUGAAGAGUCUGGUGAUAAGGCAUACGAAGAAGGCUUCCACGAGGCUGCGAAGAUUUUCUUUACCAGUAUUUCGAACUGGGCUAAGCUUGCUACUACGUUGGUUCAUCUCGAGGAUUACCAAUCUGCUGUUGAAUGUGCACGCAAAGCCAAUAGCACUAAGGUGUGGAGACAAGUCAACGAAGCUUGUGUGGACAAAAAGGAGUUCCGUCUUGCACAGAUCUGUGGUCUGAACCUCAUCGUCCACGCUGAAGAACUGUCAGACUUGGAGCGCCAAUACGAGCGUAACGGAUACUUUGAUGAGCUCAUUUCACUUCUCGAGGCGGGCCUUGGGCUCGAAAGAGCACAUAUGGGAAUGUUCACGAGUUUAGGUGUUGCGUUAUCCAAGUACCACCCGGAACGUGUCAUGGAGCACCUUCGCCUGUUUUGGUCCCGCAUAAAUAUCCCUAAGAUGAUUCGGGCUGUGGAAGAGGCUCAUCUCUGGCCAGAACUUGUCUUUCUGUACGCUCAUUAUGAUGAGUGGGACAAUGCUUCGCUUGCCAUGAUGGAGCGUGCCUCUGAUGCAUGGGAACACCACUCAUUCAAGGACACGAUUGUCAAGGUUACUAACCUUGAAAUUUACUACCGCGCACUCGCACACUACCUUGAGCAGCAACCAGAUCUUCUCACCGAUCUCCUCCAAGCCCUCACACCCCGUAUCGAUGUCAACCGUGUUGUGAAGAUGUUCCAAAAGUCAGACAACAUUCCUCUCAUCAAGCCAUUUCUGCUCAACGUUCAAUCGCAAAACAAGAGGACAGUCAACGAUGCCAUUAAUGACCUCUUGAUCGAGGAGGAAGAUUACAAGACGUUGCGUGACUCGACGGAAAACUACGAUAACUACGAUCCCGUGGAUCUUGCCCAGCGACUAGAAAAGCAUGAACUUGUUUUCUUCCGCCAGAUUGCCGCCAACAUAUAUCGCAAGAACAAGAGAUGGGACAAGUCGAUCGCGCUAUCGAAGCAAGACAAGCUCUUCAAGGAUGCGAUCGAGACAGCGGCCAUCUCUGGGAAAGGAGAGGUUGUCGAGGAUCUUCUUCGCUACUUUGUCGACAUUGGCAGUCGUGAGUGUUAUGUGGGUAUGCUUUACGCGUGUUAUGACCUCAUCCGCCCAGAUCUCGUACUCGAGAUCUCAUGGCGUCAUGGCCUUCAUGAUUUCACCAUGCCAUUCAUGAUCAACAUGCUCGCACAGCAACAUGCUGCCAUUGAGACACUCAAGAAGGACAACGAGGAGCGCAAGGCUCGCGAGGCAUCGCAGCAAAAGACCGAAGAGGAGAAGCCCAUCUUGGGCUCGAGGCUCAUGCUUACUGCUGGACCUGGAUCAAUGUCGAGCGCACCAAGCCCAGGCCCAUAUGGACAAGCGAACGGCAUUGCGCCGCAACCCACAGGCUACAGGGCUUUCUAAACCGCGUGACGUAGUGGCUAUGAUGGGGCUAAUCAGAUGAUAUGAGUAGACAGAGGUCCGGCAUCACAUUGCUGUCAUCUCUUGACAUGAGAUCUGCACGAAGAGACAAGAUGAAUGAGCGCGGAGAAACAUGAAAUGGAUAAGGUAUUAGCGGGGGGUAAUUGCCGUUAGGAGAACUUUAUUGAAGACAAGGCUUUUUUUAACUUGUCUUCUUGAGGUUUCUUUUUUAACACACAUUCACCGAUAUACCGUGUAACUUUAGUUCUACCCUUUUUUUGUAGUUUCUUAAAGAAAAAUGAAUGGUGGGGGCUUGAUUUUUUGGGGUUUAAUUCUAUAUGGGUUGUAC